AUGAGACCAGAACAAGUCCCGCAAGCAGCAGGUUCCGAAAGACCACCGGCAGAUGACUGGUACGGUGUGUGGGAUGCGAAGGAGCGACGAAGGCGUCAGAAUCGGGUGAACCAAAGAGCCCACCGCCUUCGGACACGGUAUGCACAGGGCCAUGCAGGUGUCGGCUCAUACCUAGCGCAAUGGUACUCGGCGCAGGUACAGCCUAUGGCGGCUGUUCCUUCCUUGUUACUGGAGCCAACACAUCAGCCUCAAAGGAUCUCCGAGUCUCUACCGGAACAAGUUAAGAGGCUCGAAUCAACGCUCGGCCUCCUUACCGAGUCACGUCACACUCUCUCUGCAGAGACCAAUCAGUCCUCAGACGCCAAUAAAGCAGCGCUAUCCGCAUUCAUGGCCAGUCACUCUGCAAAAGUCAGCAGUCUAUGCCUCAAGACCCACGACGCCGAAAAAAGAGCGAUCUUGCUGCGCAAGGUAGCCCAAUUCCACAACAGUUAUCAGCUGAAUUGCCCGAGCGCAGACCAUCUCCUCUCCCUAACUAGAGUCAAUGUCUAUCGCGCGUUUGUCGCCCAUAUGGUCAUUCUUGGAAUCACUUGGGAAUGGAUGGAAGAUGAGUCGAUAUCUCCAUUCUUCGUGGCGGGUCCCCCACCGCCGCCACUAGGCUUCGAGCCUCCUGCGCUUCCAGAGAAAUUGCAGCCAACACACCUCCAGCGUACCAGUAUUCACCAUACCUGGAUUGACCUAUUUCCAUGCCCUGUAAUGCGGGAUAACCUGAUUCGGCGGGGAAAUGAAUGGGACGACGAGGAGUUAUGUGUUGACAUCAUGGGGUAUUGGGACGGCAACUCGACGGGACCGCAUGGGUUGAUCGUUUGGGGUGAGCCUGCUGAUCUAGCAAACUGGGAAGUGACCGAAGGGUUUUUAUGCAAGUGGGGAUGGCUUGUGCGAGGCUGCGUGGAGCUGAUGCGGUCAACGAAUCAUUGGCGGGAAAGACGAGGACUGGGACCGUUAUUUUCGAAGUCAGUUGCAUAUAGUCAGUAA